AUGUACAGACAAGCUUUGAGAAGAUACGCAACUUUACCACCACAUGCUUUGAAGCCAGCAUUCGGAAAGCCAAAUGAAGCUGCCGCAAAGGCUUUCAAGCAAUCUCUAGAGGCUACCGAAAAGCAUGCUGUUGGCACCACCAGCGUAUGGGUUAAGAUUUCUUUAUUCGUUGCUUUGCCAGCUAUUGCUUUGACCGCCGUAAAUACCUACUUUGUGGAGAAGGAGCACGCUGACCACAGGGAACAUUUGAAACACGUCCCAGACAGCGAAUGGCCAAGAGACUACGAAUUCCAAAACAUAAGAUCGAAGCCAUUCUUCUGGGGUAAUGGUGACAAGACUUUGUUCUGGAACCCAGUUAUCAACAGACAUAUUAACCACGAUGAAUAA